AUGGCCUCUGUUCCAGCUUGGCAACGCAAUAUUGCUAUUCCUGGCAUGCUGAUUUUCGGCACAGCCACAGUCGUCACACAGAAGCUUCUCUUCGAACAAAGAGCAGUCGGACGCGAUAUUUACGAAAAUCCGCAUAAAUUCUCCAAACCAUGGUUCCAAACAAACUCAAUGUUCGUUGGUAUGUGUUUAGCACUUGUUGUUUAUGAAGUUCAGCGCUGCUUGAACAGAGGAAAGAAACAGGAAGAAACACAAUCUUUAGUUACAAAUGGCGAAACAGAUGAAACAACAAACAAAGGCAGUGAUUGGAAAAUGUAUUUUUACGUCGCAGGUCCAGCAUGCUGUGAUCUUCUUGCAACAUCUCUUAUGAAUAUCGGUCUUCUUUACAUCAACGCUUCAGUCUGGCAAAUGCUUCGUGGUUCUAUGGUUCUCUUCUCCUCAAUCUUCUGCCAGUUCAUUCUCAAGCGCCCAACAUACGCCUACAUGUGGUGGUCCGUUUUAUUAAUCUGCAUUGCUUUAACAGUUGUCGGUGUUGCUGCUGUUUGCUCCACAGGUGUUGGCAAGGCUGGUGUUACAACAGGCCAAGUCAUCAUGGCUAUUGCUCUUACAGUUGGCUCUCAAAUCAUCCAAGCCUCACAGAUUGUCGUUGAAGACUUCCUUCUCCACGAUAUGACAGCCUCUCCAGUUCUUAUCGUCGGUCUUGAAGGUAUGUGGGGCACAAUCAUCACCUGCGCCGUCUUCCUUCCAAUCACAUCUUUGAUUCACUCUCCAGAAGGCAACGGUAUCCACGAAGAUACUAUCGAUACAUUCAAGAUGAUCGCUAACAACAAGAUGAUCCUUGUUUUCGUUAUCUUCUACGUUAUCGUCAUCCUCUUGUACAACGUCACUGGCAUGUUUGUUACAAACAUCACAAGUGCCGUUGUAAGAACAAUUCUCGAAGGCCUCCGUACAUUGUGCAUUUGGGUAGUUCAGGUUAUCAUCUUCUACUCAUACUCUGGCAGAGAAGUCGGCCACAAGCACCCAACACUUGGUGAAGAACUUACACCAUGGAGCUGGAUGCAGUUCUCUGGUUUCUGCCUCUUGUUCACUGGUAUGCUCCUCUACAACAAGAUCCUUCGCAUCCCUUGCUUCAAGUACCCAGAUGCAGUCGUUCAGGCAGCUGUUAAGGAGGACAAGAUCGAUGAUACUCCACUCAUCGAUUCUCAGGCCUAA